AUGACCAGCUGUGUGGAGAAGAUCCGCAGCAGCAUCUUGCACGAGACAAUUCAAUACAACAUAGCCGACAACAUCUCCGAAAACUCAUCGGACCGCUCUCGAGAUUCAAGUGUCGAACCUGUCGACGAAAAACCCAUGGAAGCCAACGAGCGCCUGCAACCAUGGCACAAGGUUCCUGAGGUCAGCGGCCCAAAAGACAAAGUCUACGUUACAGCAGUUCGCGAAAACAUUCGUCUAUUUGGCAAUCAUGUCAAUGCUCAUUCUUAG